CUCUCUUUUCCCCCUCAAUUUCUGUAAUUAGGGUUUUUCUCUCUCUAAAACGCGACCAAUUUCUUGAGCGAGAGACAUCGCCAUGAGCAACGAGAAGAAGCAAGACACCCUUGAUCUCUCUGAUCUCCGCUCCGCUAUUCCCGCCAAUGCCUCAGCUUUGAGCGCGGAGGAUAGAGCGGGCCUCGUCAACGCUCUAAAGGAUAAGCUUCAGAACUUGGCGGGAGAGCAUUCUGAUGUGCUGGAGGCCCUCACCCCAAAGAUCAGGAAGCGGGUCGAAGUUCUCAGACAGAUCCAGAGCCAACAUGAUGAGCUUGAAACUAAAUUCUUCGAGGAAAAAGCAGCACUUGAAGCUAAAUACCAGAAGCUUUAUGAACCACUAUACACCAAGCGUUAUGAAAUUGUGAAUGGUGUGGUCGAAGUUGAAGGUGUUACUGACGUUGCUACAGAAGAAGCCUCAGUCGAGGACAAAGCUCCCGAAGGAAAAGGUGUACCUGAUUUCUGGCUCACUGCAAUGAAGACAAAUGAAGUGUUAGCUGAGGAGAUCCAAGAGCGUGAUGAAGCUGCUUUGAAGUACCUCAAGGAUAUUAAAUGGUGCAAAAUUGAUGACCCAAAGGGCUUCAAAUUAGAAUUUUUCUUUGACACUAAUCCUUUCUUUAAGAACUCUGUUCUGACAAAAACAUAUCACAUGAUUGACGAGGACGAACCAAUCCUAGAGAGAGCAAUUGGGACCUGAGAUCUUGAACUGGUUCGCCCAGGUAAGUGCUUGACUCAGAAGAUCCUUAAGAAAAAACCGAAAAAGGGGUCAAAGAAUACCAAGCCCAUUACUAAAACUGAGGACUGUGAGAGCUUCUUCAACUUCUUUAACCCCCCAGAAGUUCCAGAGGAUGAUGAUGAUAUUGACGAAGAUACCGCUGAACAGCUGCAGAAUGAGAUGGAGCAGGAUUAUGAUAUUGGGUCUACUAUCCGAGACAAGAUUAUCCCACAUGCUGUUUCAUGGUUCACUGGAGAGGCUGUUCAGGAUGAUGGUCUUGAGUUAGAAGAGGAUGAAGAGGAUGAUGAUGAUGAGGAUGACGAUGAUGUAGAAGAGGAUGAAGAGGAUGAGGAUGAAGAUGAAGAGGAGGCCAGCAAGCCCAGGAAUAAGAAGUCGGCUGCUCGGCAGAAGAGAAGUGGAGCCAAUGCUGGGGAGGGUGAGGAUCGGCCAGCUGAAUGCAAGCAGCAGUAAACUGUUGAGUUUAUAUAUAUUUCCAGUUCCUGGGAGUGGUUCAGAAAUUGGCUGAGAACAGUUUUAUAUAUGUUGGGUCUUGAGAGGGAGGCUAGUUUUUCAUAUGUUAUAUCAAUUCUUUGGCUUCUUUCUUUUGUGUUUGGACAAAAUCAAGCCUUUUAUUAUUUUUGAUUAGUGGAUGUAAAAGCCAAUGUUUUUAGGUGAUGGUUUAAUUUUUGUUGUUCUUAUGUUAA